CUAAAUUUAACCUGAAAAGUCAAUUGUCGAGGACUGAGAAGACCUUCGCGUGCGCCCGCCGAGUAGAAUCGGUUCCGGUCACGGAAAAAUCUCUUGAUAUCUUUAUGAUCUUCCGGAGACAAUAUGAAAAACGAGAGAGAAAAGAAUCAUCACUGAGGGAGCGGAGCGAGGUUAUAUAAUUAGAGACAGAGAGGGGGAGAGAGAGAGAGAGAGAGAAGUAAUGGCAGCAGCGUCGUUUAGGUGGAUACUGCAGCUACACAAGGACGUACCAAGAGCGGCUCGGUUCUACUCAGAAGGCCUCGACUUCACUGUCAAUGUCUGCACUCUUCGCUGGGCUGAACUCCACUCUGGCCCUCUCAAGCUUGCACUCAUGCACUCCCCCAGUGACCAUGUUAUGCAGCAGGGGUAUUCUUCACUACUAUCGUUCACAGUGUCUGAUAUAAACACUACAGUGACAAAACUAAUGGCCUUAGGUGCUGAACUAGACGGCCCCAUCAAGCAUGAGGUCCAUGGAAAGGUUGCAGCCAUGCGAUGUAUAGAUGGUCAUAUGCUGGGACUCUAUGAACCUGUCUGAGGGGGGUUGAGGAACCAGUCACGUCAAUAAAAACCGAGCCACGCUGCUAUUCGCUUUCGUUAUCAAAUAUUGAAUUCUUUUGACACAGGGAAAACAUGAGAAACCUUUCCUUUCUUUGGAUUGCCUUCAACGAUCGAUAGUGAUAGUGUCUGCUCAUCCAGGUUUAUGACAAGAUUUCGUCUUUCCAUCUAUUUGGUAGCACAACUGCUCAUUUUUGCCUGUUUACAUUCUGAUUUCUAAGCCAAUUGCAAUUCACCAUGAGAUGAAAUUGCUUGAGCUAAGCACUUGAUCAACCAAUUGGUCUUAGUAUGUCAUGAAUUCUGAUGUAGUGACAAAAAACUUGUUAAUUCAGUUGGACAGAUGUUUAAUCCAUGUUGCUAAA